AGGGAAAACAGUGAAGCGUCAGGGGCAGCAGAUGACCGACUAGCGCAGCAGCGAGGAGCACUCCAGUCCCGUCCAAGAGACAAAUGAAAGGAUGGGGAGAACCAGAGGCUGAACCGAGGACAGUGGAGCACGGACCCAAGGGAGAGAACCUACUUUGGGACACUUUCACCGGAUUUAGCCCUCAGUCCGGAUCAACAAUAUGCCAUUUGCCAAACGACUCGUGGAACCCCAGUUAGUUUGCAGGCACUACAUCCCAAACGAGGACGGUCUACUUUACGAGGACCUAAUUACUAUCAAUAAUGUGGCCCUAUCGAGGACUUUACGGCAGCUGUCGGACCUCGCCAAACACGCGUGCUCCAUUUUUCAGGAGCUGGAGAACGACCUCACGUCCACGAACCAGCGCGUGAGGAGACUCCACGGUAAAAUUAACCUACUUCAGCAGACAUGUGCCGAGCUGGACCCAAAACAGGAGGCAGUGCCUGUGUCUAACCUGGAUGUGGAGAGUAAGCUGACGACACAUUUCCAGGCGCCCUGGCAUCAGCAGAGAAACGUCUUCUACCCAAACACACGUCCAGAAUGUCUCGUGGAGCUGCACAGACACGCCAACUUCAGCCUGUGGGCUCUGCACAGAGAUCACGAGCAGAGGCGAGCCGACAGCAGGGAGCGCAGAGUCACCAUUUCCAUCUCAGCACUGCCCCCGAUGCCCCUGUACCCCUCCCCAAACAUUUCCAAGAAGCACUCCAAUUUAACCACGUUCGAAUCCACCCGCUCCUCCUCCCCCACCGAAUGUUGUCGCCUGUCCCCCUGGAGCAGAAAGGCCACGCCCCUUGACCCCGACAGUGACGGGGUUGCCCUGGGUCACCGCUCUAAGUGUCCCAUCCCUAACAUCCCCACCACAUUGGACAAACAAACUAACUGGAAUAGAGCCCUGCCACUGCCCACCCCAGAGGAGCGCAUGAAAACCAACUCUCAAGUCAUCAACUCGUGCAUCAUACCCAUUAAUGUGACCGGGGUUGGCUUUGACAGAGAUGCUAGUGUGCGCUGCUCCUUAGUUCACUCGCAGUCUGUGCUUCAACGGAGGAGGAAGCUGAGGAGACGAAGAACUGUGGCCGGCAUUCCCAGACAGGUGCAGCAAGAGUUAGCGUUCUUCUCCUCUGCCGACUCGGACGACUCACCGGGAUCUCGAGAGGGGGCAGUGAUCGUCCAUGCCAGUGCGGAUGCCACCCCCUCCACAGAGGGACUAAAUACUCGGGAUUCGGGCUGUCAGACCGAAGACUUCCUGGUGUCUGGAGCUCCGUCCUGGAGGCACAUCAGGGCCCAGAGAGGCCAGGCCCUGUCCCUGUCCUACUCCGCGGGGAACAUCUCCUCUCUGCGCGACAGCACUGAAAACAUGUUCGCUGGAUCUAUGACCGGUCACCUGCGCACCCGUAGUCUGCCCCGGGACCCCAGCCACCUGCUGGACAACAGGCGCCAUGGCAGUGAUGAGGAGCUGUCUCCUUACGAAGGAGAGGACUUUUUAUCAGCUGCUGCAGAAUUCAGACUGAGCGCUGAGGGCGGGAGCUCCGACCCUCAGUCCCUGUCCAGUCUGCAGUAUAAUCCACUGCCAGAUAGUCCUGAGCGGAGCUGGAUGGAGCGAACCCACGCAGUGUUGCCCAGAAAGAGUGACAUGGGCAGCUGUGAGAUCUCUUCCAGUUCAGACACCUUCAGCAGCCCAGUGCACUGUGCCGCAGCGGGGCUCCACGGGCCCAUGGACCAUAAGGACGAGCACCAGUCCUCCAGCGGGAAUUGGAGCGGCAGCAGCUCCACAUGUCCCUCCCAAACCUCAGAGACUCUGCCCCCCGCCGCCUCGCCGCCCCUCACAGGCUCCUCCCACUGCGACUCUGAGCUCUCUCUAAACGCAGCCACACAUCACACAGAUGACCCUCUGGACCACUACCACGGCCUGAGGUCCCAGAGGGCUGGGUCCUUCUCCUCCACAGCCAUGGACAUCCUGGAGGAGGCAGGGGUGGGCACUCCAGUGGGCAGUGACUGGGGCUAUUCUCAGACUGAAGCCCCCUGUCCCCAGGACUUUAGCCCUGAGCCAAACCCAGAAAGCAGCCUGGACUGCCCCAGCUUCACUAGCAUGGCCACGUGUGAAAGCAGCUUUUCAGACAAGCCCCUGUCCGAGAAGGCUGACACUGUGUCACACUACUCUGUGGACACUGAGGGCUACUAUACCUCCAUGCACUUCGACUGUGGGCUCAAAGGCAGCAAGAGCUUCACCUACAACAGCUACGCAGCUUCUGAAUACAGCCUCUCGGAGGUCGGGGGGCAUAUGACCUUGGGCCGGCGCUGCCUGUCUCUGAGGAAGAAGAAGGCCAAGCCGAGUCCUCCUCAGAGGAGUUCAUCUCUCAGGAAAAUCAGCAGUGCGAGUAAUCUCCAAGAGCACAGUGAACCAAAGAUCAGCUGUGGGCAGCAGCCGCCUUUAUGCUCUAAAGAGAGCAGGAUGCAGCUGGCUCUGUCUAGCUCCUCGGGGCACAUAGAGCCCUCUCUAUCCCGGGAGUCCCUACAGCCCCUGGAGCCUCUGGAGGUGUGGGAUGGCUGCAGUGAGCUGCCUGACCUGGGCAUGUUCAGCUCCACAGACGCACACUCGUUUAAAGAUGAAGGAGUAGUACAGUCAGACUAUGCAGACCUGUGGCUCCUCAAUGAUCUGAAGUCCAAUGAUACAUACAGGUCUCUGUCUAACUCCAGCACAGCCACUGGCACCACUGUAAUCGAGAAGAACCAGGACAGCUCAGGCUCCCAAACCUCUCAGUCCGGGUCCAGAUCCACCACACCCUCCCUCCCCUCAGUAGAGGGCGACUACAAACUCACCUCUCCUGAGAAACUGGCUGGGUUAGCCAGCCCAUCCAGUGGCUACUCCAGUCAGUCAGAAACCCCCACCUCUUCCAUUCCCUCAGCCUUCUUUCCCGGGCCCCUGUCCCCCACUAACAGAAAAAGAAAACCCAAAGUCCCAGAGAGGAAGUCCUCUUUGACAUCACUAUCCUACAAAAACGGUACAUGUAAGAAGGACCUGGAGUUACCUACAAUCCCACCAUCCCAUUUAGAUUUAGCCGCUCUUCAAAACCACAACAAGGCUGUUGUUUAUAGGACUCAAAUUCUCCACCAAAACAAACCCAAAUUACCAGGAGAAACUGUCACAGUGCCACCAAAAGGACAGUUAUAUGAUGUGCAUCCCAUGGCCAUCACGCCUACAGUGCUUCAUACUGUGCAGCUCAAAUCCAUUUUUAAGGAGCACGAAGGCAGUGUAGACAAAAACACACUAAAUGCCAUUCUUACAGAUCCCACUAUGAGCCUAGCUAGUGCGCACUCUACUUGCAAUGAACUGGGCAGCUCUGUUUUAUCUAGCUCUGAGGCCACUCCCCAACAGUCGUGCGAGUCAGUCUUCACUUCACACGAGCUAACAAGUUCUUGUGAGAUAAACAGUCAAGACAGAGAGGUUUCAUCUUCAGUGGAGAGCAUGUCACAUUCAGAGCCAGCUUUGGAGGUGGAUAAAGUUAGCAACAAAUCUGAAACACUUGUCCUUUCUGAAGAAUGCCCCCUGGAGUUGGAAAGCUUCACUGCAAGGAGACUGGAGAUAGUGGAGGACGACGAUUUGGACAGCAGCAGUGACCAUAAACUGUUGUCUAUGGAUAAUGAGUCAAAGUCAGUCAGUCAGUGUACAGACAGCGAGGUCAUUAAAGAGGUGGAAGACCCAGAGUCCUCAGGUGUGUCGACUGAAAGCUCCCUCAGCAGCAAAGAUGAAGACUUCUGCAGUAAAGACAGUACCCCGAGUGACCUCUCUGUGUCUCCUCUGAGCGAUGAGUCCAGACCAGAAGACGACAGUGUGUUUCUGUCUCCAACAAAAUCACGUACCACUGAGGACCUGUUUGCCAUGAUCCACAGAUCCAAGAGGAAAGUGUUGGGACGAAAGGACUCUACUGAACUUUCUACUCGAACUCGCCUAAGUGCUGCAUCAGGAAGCACCUCUCCUUGUAGCUCCGCCUCUAGCCCGACCCCCACCUCUGCUGUGUCUGUGCCCUCUGUCACCACCCCACCCACCGGCCCCCACAAAGUUCCGGGACCAAUCUACAGGAACGCAAAAAAGUCCAGUACCUCCAAUGAAGAGUUCAAACAACUGCUUCUGAAAAAGGGCAGCCGGUCCGAAUCCAGUUAUCGCAUGUCGGCUACGGAGAUCCUCAGAAGCCCCAUCACGCCCAAAUCUCCCUCGGAUUCUCUACUAUUCGACUCGCCAAAACCCCACGACGAACCCGUAUUGCCCAUACAAUACCAAUCCACCUCGGAACAGCCAGUUUCCAGCCCCUAUCCCAGAUCAAACUCUGAGGGAUUCUCACCUAAAUCUUUCCACUCCUCUAGACAGGGGCGCUCCAGGAUCCCCCCUCCCGCCAGCAGCAGUCGGUACGGGAUGAGGCGACUCUACUCCGCACCAAUGCAAGCGAUUUCUGAGGGCGAAACGGAGAAUUCAGACAGUAGUCCCCAUGACGACCGAUCUUCAUAGAAAAAGGUAAAAGAGGUAAAAACUAUAGACUCUUAUGGACUACUGGACUAAUGCACAUAAUCUAAAGGGCAUGUGAAAGGAGCUGGAACAAAUUAUGGAUUUAAAUUGUUUAAAAAUGAAAUCUAUAUUUAGUUUUUUAAAAUGCAUAACAAUCUAUAUUUACUGACUGAGAAUAGUGUCCCCGUAUGGUUUGUCAGUUUUACUUGAAAUGACACUCAAUAUUAUUGUCACCAUCAUUUACACAGGCAACCAGGUUUUUUUAAAUGUUCAAAAUAUAAAACAUAUGCAAUGAGCUAUUACAGGUUGACAUUAAAAUGAAGUGCAGUUUUACUUUUAACAUCCUGUUUUGCAACUGAAUGGAUGUCAAAAACAAUAACAUGACAACAAUCCACAACACAUUUAUCCAUUUGGAACACACAAUUUUUCCUGGUGACCCCUUAAACUAACUUUUUAAAUUAACAUCAAAUUGUUUACUUUCCUACCUGAAGUCAAGUAGCUGGUUGCCUCCCUCUUAUUGUUUCACUAUAAAAUGAAUUAUGUAUCACCCUAUGUAUUCUGAGAAUACCUAUGCAAUAAGAAACCAUUUCUACAAGCCACUUGUCCAAGUAUUUUGAUAUCUACAUAUAAAAGAUCAGGGCUACCACUGUGUGACACUGCAAGAGUGAAAAUGUGAAAUGCACCGAUUCAUUCAGCUGGACAACAGUGUGAUAACAUGCCUGUACAGAAAAUUGUAACCGAAAUAUAAAUAAUUAUAUUCAAGUAUUUUAUAUCUGUCAAAGCCAAGCGCUAACUUGACAAUCUGAAGACAAGAAGAAAGCAGAAAGUGAUUUACAAGUGUGAAGUAGUGACAUUGGGAGGCGUUUGGAACCAGGAGGACAAACGUAUUUUUAAAAAGGUUAUCUGUGGAUUUGCUGAUUUGGUUUGUUUACGAAUAGUCGACGAGAGACAAGUGGAAUGUGUUCAGGGGGUUCAAAUGUUUAACCACACAGAAAUGAUACAUUAAGUGGCAGCUUCAAUCUCAGAAAGUUAAGUAUUUGGGGAGAUAUGACAUAAUGAACAGCCUGCCUGUGGUCAGCUUGGUCAGUAGUUGUCAAGCAGUAGUUUAUUGAGAUGACAUAUGCUGCUUUUCUAUACCAAAUCUCCCUUUAUUUACUAGCCAAAACAUUUACUAACAUGGUCUGGUUUCUUCUAAUCAAAUUCCUCACAUACAAAUAUAUUUAUUUUUAUAACUUCACAGA